AUGAGUUCGCAUUCCCUUCAUCUGGCCGACCUGGUCAAUGAAAGUCUCGACUUUCCGGCACGCAUAGCGUCCGUACGUGUCGACGGCGCCCUCCACACGCGCAAGACUUUUCUCGCUUCCUUGAUUGAUACUUAUCUUCCCCAUGACCAACCAUCGAAUUUAGCAUCCGUUCUUCGCACCACGCGAGAAAUCAGCCAUAUCCUUCAGCGCACUGAUGUUUUCAAGUCGAUAGACGUCAAGUUGGAACGCAGUCGCGCAGCUUUGGCGGGAGAGAGCGAUGUCGACGUCAUCUUCACUACACAAGAAAGGGGUAGAUUCUACGUGAAAACCUCAACUGAAGUGGGGAAUAACGAAGGCUCAGCAAACGCAACAGGACGCAUUCGUAACGCAUUCGGUGGAGCAGAGGUGCUCGAGGCGAACGUCUCUGUUGGGACGAAAACACGUCGCUCUUUCCAUGCGACAUUGUCUGCGCCGGUCACAUCGACUCUCAAAACCUUUGGCGACGUCUCUGUAUUUGCCUUGGACAGAGAUUACACCGGCCAUGCGAGUUGUACCGAGGGGUUGCGUGGGGUUAAGGCGACAUUGAAGAGCGGUUCGCCAUCGACAGGACAACACGAGGUAGGCUAUGAAGCAGUCCUCAGGCAUGUCGGAAAUCUAAUGCCCUCUGCGUCUAUCAGUAUGAGAGAGGCUACCGGCCAAUCAAUCAAGUCCUCUGUCUUCCAUACCUGGAUCCGGGAUACCCGAGACGCAAAAUUCCCUAGCAGCCGAGGAUAUUUUACAAAGCUGUUCCACGAGCUCGCCGGUCUGGGCGGUGAUGUUUCAUUCUACAAGACCGAAGCCGAAACUCGGAUAUCUCGUCCUCUCUUGCCAGGCCUCUCUCUCUCGCUUUCUGGCCGUGCUGGACUGCUUUAUAGCCUGAAAGGCCUUUCCCGUUUCUCGGAUCGUUUCCAGUUAGGGGGCCCGCUCAGUGUUCGCAUGUUCCGCGCGAAUGCCAUGGGCCCCCGUGAUGGCUCCGACGCUGUUGGCGGUGAUGUAUACUGGGCAGCUGGACUUAACUUGACAUCGACCAUUCCUCGCAGGACACAAUGGCCACUGCGAGCGCAGCUUUUCGUCAAUGCCGGCCAAUUACAAGCGCUGCAGCCUUCCAAGACAUUAUCCAGGAAUCUAUCAACUUGCGCUUUGCAACCAUCCGUAUCUGUGGGGGUGGGGCUCGUGUACUUGUUUGACCCACUCAAGGUCGAACUUAAUUUCGGCGUGCCGCUGGUCGCAGCAAGGUCGGAUGGUUGCAGAAAAGGUUUUCAGAUCGGGAUGGGUCUCGAAUUCUUAUAG